AUGGCACCGGCAGCAAUUCGUAGGAAGCUCGUAAUUGUCGGCGACGGUGCUUGCGGCAAGACGAGCUUGCUUUGCGUCUUUGCCAUUGGCGAGUUCCCGCAAGAGUAUGAACCCACCAUCUUCGAAAACUACGUCGCCGAGAUCCGCCUUGAUGGCAAGCCUGUCCAGCUGGCGCUAUGGGACACCGCGGGUCAGGAAGAAUACGAGCGUCUUCGUCCACUCUCCUACUCACAAGCACACGUCAUCUUGAUCGCCUUUGCCAUCGAUACACCCGACUCGCUCGAAAACGUGCAAGUCAAGUGGAUGGAGGAGGUACGUCAAAUAUGCGGCCCCUCAGUGCCUGUGCUCCUGGUAGGCUGCAAGAAGGAUCUUCGCGAAGAUGCCAUCGCUAAGGGCAAGCCGGUUCAGGGUCACUAUGUAGAGAGACAACAGGCUAAACUGGUAGCAGCACAGAUCGGCGCUCGAUCGUAUCACGAAUGCUCAUCACUCAACAACCAAGGCGUCGACGCCGUGUUCGAAGCCGCGACGCGCGCGGCCAUGCUUGUGCGCAAUUCCGGUGCUUCUUCAGGAGGCGCCAUCUCGCAGAGCAAGACCAAGGAGGCAUUACACAACGAUGCUGGCUCUUGCAAAUGUAUCGUCCUCUAG